GUCAUAGGUUACGAAGGACAGAAUCAAGAUGGCGUCUCUGAGUGACAAAUCAGUUUGGGACGAAGUGGAAGAUGGAAUCGGCGAAGAGGUGUUAAAAAUGUCUACGGAGGAGAUAGUUCAGCGAACUCGACUCCUCGACAGCGAGAUCAAGAUAAUGAAGAGCGAAGUUCUGAGGGUGACCCACGAAUUGCAAGCUAUGAAAGAUAAAAUUAAAGAAAACACGGAGAAGAUAAAGGUGAACAAAACCCUGCCAUAUCUCGUGUCGAACGUGAUCGAGCUGCUGGAUGUGGACCCCAACGACCAAGAAGAAGACGGGGCGAACGUGGAUCUCGACUCGCAGAGAAAAGGAAAAUGCGCUGUCAUCAAGACGUCCACCCGGCAAACUUACUUCCUGCCGGUGAUCGGGCUGGUGGACGCCGAGAAGCUGAAGCCCGGGGACCUGGUGGGUGUCAACAAAGACUCCUACUUGAUCCUGGAGACCUUACCCACUGAGUAUGACUCCCGAGUCAAAGCUAUGGAGGUUGACGAGCGCCCCACCGAGCAGUACAGCGACAUCGGAGGGCUGGACAAGCAGAUCCAGGAGCUGGUUGAGGCAAUCGUCCUGCCCAUGAACCACAAGGAAAAGUUUGAAAACCUGGGCAUCCAGCCUCCUAAAGGAGUCCUAAUGUAUGGACCACCAGGGACGGGGAAGACCCUCCUAGCUAGGGCCUGUGCGGCUCAGACAAAAGCAACCUUCCUGAAGUUGGCUGGUCCACAGCUGGUGCAGAUGUUCAUCGGAGAUGGAGCCAAGUUGGUGAGAGAUGCCUUUGCCCUGGCCAAGGAGAAGGCCCCAUCUAUCAUCUUCAUUGACGAGCUGGAUGCCAUUGGUACUAAGAGAUUUGACAGCGAGAAGGCGGGAGACAGGGAGGUGCAGAGGACCAUGUUGGAGCUUCUCAAUCAGCUGGAUGGAUUUCAACCCAACAUGCAAGUCAAGGUGAUUGCAGCAACCAACAGAGUGGACAUCUUGGACCCGGCGCUGCUGCGUUCAGGUCGUCUGGACAGGAAGAUCGAGUUCCCCAUGCCAAAUGAGGAGGCCAGAGCCCGAAUCAUGCAGAUUCACUCCCGCAAGAUGAAUGUGAGUCCCGACGUUAACUAUGAAGAGCUGGCUCGCUGCACCGACGACUUCAAUGGAGCCCAGUGCAAAGCUGUGUGCGUGGAGGCGGGUAUGAUCGCAUUGCGCCGUGGAGCCACAGAGCUGAACCACGAGGAUUACAUGGAGGGAAUCCUGGAGGUGCAAGCCAAGAAGAAGGCCAACUUGCAGUACUACGCUUAAGGACACUGUGGGUUCAUGCUUGUGGAGGAGUCUUUAAUUUGUGAAAAACGUUGUGGCAUUCUCUACACUUGUUACAGCAGAUUUACACUGAGCUAAUAAAAAGACAUGAAAACAAAUCAUUUUGUUUCUUUUAUAUUCUACUAUUAAUCUGAAGCAAAUACUGUAUUCACAUAUAAACUGGACACUAGUCUCAAUUCACCUAACAUGCAUGUUUUUUGAAUGUGGGAGAAACUUGAGAAAACCCAUGUUAGCACAGUGAGAACAGAAAACUCACAGGAUGGCAGAAAGCUGGAUUCAACCCCCCAAACUCGGAACUGUGAAUGUGGCUGUGAUAACCAGUGCCCACUACACUGCACAAAAAAUUUGAAGUUAGUACUGAUAUUCUGAACCUAAAAGCAUUAGGUGCCUAUGUCUUUUUUCCCUCCAUUAUCAAUAAAAAAAUACCAGUGCAUGUCC